CUGCCAUGCUCGCGUUGAAUUAGAUAAUGUAACGCUUUUUGGGAAAGGAAGGAGCCAUCGAUUUGCUGAAGUUCAUAUCAAAAGUAUAUCAGUAUAUUCAUGGAAAUUUAAUCAAGAUUUCAUUUACCUUCGUUGCUGUUUCCUGACUGAGAUUACUUUCUUUUCAAAAGAUAUUUUAAUUUACGUGUUUGUAGAAACACAAAUGUGAAAUCCAGUUCUUUUGAAGGUUAGAAGAGUUCGAUGUAUUUUAAAAGUAAUGUUCACUCCUCUCCUUUCAGGUUUUUCAAGCAUGUGAUACAUUUUUUUUCAAUACAAAAGAUGCAAAAAAUAGAGCUAUUGCGGAAAGCUGAAAGUAGAAAAUAUCUUGGAUUUGAUAAAGAGGAUGAAAAUGCUUGGAAGGGUCCUUUUUGCUUUAUUCAAGGAGCUGACACACAGUUUGGAAUGAUAUCGUCUUAUAUCAAGCAUGAAAGUCUCAUUGUUUGGGAGAAAGAAAUGGAACUUGCAAGAGAGGCAAUAAAGGCUAUCAAUGCAAUGUCACCAAAGCCAAGGUUUUUUGUUGUUUGUGGAGAUUUAAUUGAUGCAAUGCCUGGCAAUAAGUAUCGCAAUGCGCAAAUUGAAGAUUUCAAACGUGUUUUCACGGAGUUAGAUCCUGAAAUACCAUUAGUGUGUGUCUGUGGUAAUCAUGACAUUGGCAACCAGCCUACUCCUGCAACUGUUGCUGAUUACAGAGAGAAGUUUGGUGAUGAUUAUUUUUCAUUCGUUUGCGGCGGAGUUCUGUUCAUUGUGAUCAAUUCCCAAUUUUACGAAGACCCUUCUUUGGUUCAGGAUUUAGCCAAAGAGCAAAAUGUUUGGUUGGAGAAAAAACUGGAAGAAGGUAAAAGUGGAAAAUACAAGCACGUUAUUAUGUUUCAACAUAUUCCAUGGUUUUUGAGAGAGCAUGAUGAACCCAAAGAGUAUUUUAACAUUGAGCCACAGCUUCGUCAGGAAAUGCUUAAAAAGUUUUAUGAUGCUAAUGUGCGAGCCAUUUUUUGUGGACAUUAUCAUCGCAAUGCAGGUGGUUUUUACAAAGACCUCGAAUGUGUGGUUACUUCGGCUAUAGGUUGCCAAUUGGGAGACGAUAAGUCUGGAUUCAGAGUUGUGAAACUGGAUGGAAAGUCUAUAAAUCAUAAAUAUUAUGCUUUUGCAGAAGUGCCAAAGCACAUAAGUUUUGACUAAGUGGAAGAUAUUAUAAUCAUAAGUAUUUGUGCAUGGAAAUUAUCAGGAAGAUAUUUAUCCAGUUCUAUAAAUUAUGAAUUUUACUAGUCAUUGUUAAACGAAAUGUUAAUUGAUAUUUUAUGUUUUAGUAGUGUCUUACCUACAGUAGUUAACUGCAACUCAAGAAGAAAUAUUGUGCUUGUACAUGUGAUAAAUACAGUGCCAUACCAUCCUUCUCUUUUGUAUGACUACUUUAUAUUACUACUAGCUGUGCAUUGCCCGACUUUGCAGGGCUAUACCUCUAAAAUGAAAGUUAUGUCAAGUGAAACAUGUUCAACAAUCGGGCUUCAAUUAGAUAGAAAAAAAAAAUGCUGUAAAAAUUCCCAUCAAAAUAAUCAUUCUUUAAGAAAUACAACGGCAAAUCAAAAAUUCCCAAAUAAAUUAAACACAACCCUCCAUAAAUAACAACUAAAAUCCUUGAUUAUCUCCUGCUGGCAGUACAAAAAAAAAAAGAAAGAAAGAAGAUAAAUCGUCAAAUAAUACUCAAAAGGGGAAAUUUUUGUCUUAAAACAAAAACAAAAUUUUAUUUAGUCACAGUUGAGGAAAAAAGUGACAACCUUCUGAACGCUGAUUUAAAAUGAGAUCGCACAAACGAUAGUUUUCCGACAUAAAAUUUCUGUUUCAUUAGGCUUAAUGAUGCUUUUAAAUUUUUCCUUGUUUUUUUGUUAAAG